AGCGAUCCCGACUGAAGGGAGGCGGAGGGUGCCGGUGGUCUCACUCAGAGCCCGCUGAUGACAGGCAGUGGAGGAUUUCAUGGGAUGAUGCUCUUGCCGUGGCAGGCGGAAUGAAGUGUGCUGUGAAGCCCCAAGUCCUAGUAGGGGACAUUAUCCGUUCGGUGUGACCUCUCCUCUCACCAUGCACUGCUAUGGCUCUGGACAGUAAACGGCAGAAGAACAGCUUACUUCUUCUCAGCUCCGAGGCGAUUCCAGACUCCGGUAUGAGGAACGGUAGAGGAGUCCAGGAGCAAUGGACUGACACGGUGAGACCCCGGAGCACCGAGCGACACCUGACCGUCCAUAGGAAACUGCUGCUGGCCUUUGCCAUCUCCAUCCUGGCUCUCAUCGUGGUCACCGUCAUCGCCGUCCUGCUCAGUGUGCGCUUCGAGGAAUGUCCUGAUGCCUCCGGGAGGACCAUUAACAGCAGCGUGGUGGAGGCGGCCAGGUUCAACCAGAACCUGGAGGUGGGGAAGGAGACCGGGGAUGGGGUAGGUAGGCAGGAGCAAGAAGAAAAAGACUGGGAGCCUUGGACUUACCUGAGACUCCCAACACACCUUAAACCCCUCCACUAUAACCUCAUGAUCACCGCCUUCAUGGACAACUUGACUUUCUCGGGAGAAGUGAAUGUGGAGAUCGAGUGUAGGAACUCCAGCAGGUACAUCGUGCUCCAUGCUCACAGGCUGACGGUGGAGAAAGUCCAAGUGGCUGAAGAUCGAGCGGCCGGGGACGUGAAAGUUUCCAGCUUCUUUACUUACCCGCCCAACCAAGUUCUGGUAGUCAUCCUCAACCGGAGCCUGGAGGUGCACAAAAGUUACAACCUCAAGAUCAUUUACAAUGCCAUCAUAGAAAACGAACUGCUGGGCUUCUUCCGAAGUUCCUAUGUCAUCCAUGGAGAGAGGAGGCUGCUUGGAGUGACCCAGUUUUCUCCAAUUCAUGCCAGAAAGGCUUUCCCCUGCUUCGAUGAACCGAUUUAUAAGGCGACAUUCAAAAUAAGCAUCAAGCAUCAAACUUCCUACAUGUCUUUGUCAAAUAUGCCAGUGGAGACCUCUGUUUAUGAAGAAGGUGGAUGGGUUACUGAUCAUUUUUCACAAACACCUUUAAUGUCUACAUACUAUCUUGCAUGGGCUGUAUGCAAUUUCACCUAUCGUGAAGCUAUUACUAAGAGUGGUGUUGUAGUAAGACUUUACGCACGACCUGAUGCAGUGAGAAGGGGAUCAGGAGACUAUGCCCUCAAUAUCACAAAAAGACUUUUGGAAUUUUAUGAAGAUUACUUCAAGGUUCCAUACUCCUUGCCAAAAUUGGAUUUAUUAGCUGUGCCUAAACAUCCCUAUGCUGCUAUGGAAAACUGGGGAUUAAGCGUAUUUGUGGAGCAACGAAUUCUGCUUGAUCAAAGUAUCUCUUCAAUUUCCUAUUUACUUGAUGUCACCAUGGUCAUUGUGCAUGAAAUUUGCCAUCAGUGGUUUGGAGAUCUGGUAACACCGGUAUGGUGGGAAGAUGUGUGGUUGAAGGAAGGGCUUGCUCACUAUUUUGAAUUUGUUGGAACAGACUACCUCUAUCCAGGAUGGAACAUGGAAAAGCAACGAUUUCUGACAGACGUCUUACAUGAGGUGAUGUUGCUGGAUGGGUUGGCCAGUUCACAUCCAGUUUCUCAGGAGGUGCUAAAGGCCACAGAUAUAGAUCGAGUGUUUGACUGGAUCGCAUAUAAAAAGGGGGCAGCCUUAAUUAGAAUGUUGGCAAACUUCAUGGGCCAUAAAGUAUUUCAGCGAGGCCUGCAAGACUUCCUAACAACCCAUAAGUUUGGUAAUGCUGCAAGAAAGGAUCUGUGGAAUACACUUUCAAAGGUUUUGAAAAAUGAAGGCAAAUCUGUGAACAUUCAAGAAGUGAUGGAUCAGUGGACACUUCAAAUGGGAUAUCCUGUAAUAACGAUACUAAGAAAUGAAACAGUAGAGGAUGGAAUAACAAUCACUCAGGAGCACUUCCUAUACAAUAUAGAUGCAAAUACAAGAGACCCCGAGCUAAGGAAUAAUAGUUAUCUUUGGCAGAUUCCAUUAACUAUUGCAGUAGGAAAUACAAGCCACAUCUCCCCACAGACAAUUAUAUGGGUAUCAAACAAAUCAGAAUAUCACCGAAUAGCCACGUUGGAUGAAAACAACUGGGUGCUGGGCAACAUUGAUCAAAUUGGCUACUUUAGGGUUAACUACGAUGUCAGGAACUGGAGAUUACUGAUCGACCAGCUAAUGAGGGACUGUGAGGUCAUUUCUGUCAGUAAUCGAGCAGGACUGAUCGAUGAUGCUUUCAAUCUGGCAAGAGCUGGAUAUUUGACACAAAAUAUUCCCUUGGAGAUUAUCCGAUACCUUUCUGAAGAAAAGGAUUUUCUUCCUUGGCAUGCUGCAAGCCGAGCUCUUUAUCCUCUAGAUAAAUUGCUGGACCGAACAGAGGACUACAGUAUAUUCAGUGAAUAUGUACUAAAGCAAGUGUCAACAAUGUACUUCCGCCUUGGAUGGCCAGCUAAUGGACACAAUGGAUCAAUAAUCCAGACAUCCUAUCAGACUGAGGAGCUCCGAAGAGAAGUUAUUAUGCUGGCUUGCAGUUUUGGGAAUAAGCAGUGUCAUCAAGAAGCAGCAACAAUGAUCUCUGACUGGAUUUCAAGCAACAGAAACCGAAUUCCACCCAAUGUCCGGGACAUUGUUUAUUGCACAGGAGUUUCCUUAAUGGAUGAAGAUGUAUGGGAGUUUAUCUGGAUGAAAUUUCAUUCUACAACAGCUGUUUCAGAAAAGAAAAUAUUGCUGGAAGCACUGACCUGCAGUGAUAAUAGAAACCUGCUGAAUAGGCUUCUCAACUUGUCAUUGAAUUCAGAAGUGGUACUGGAUCAAGAUGCUAUUGAUGUUAUAAUCCAUGUAGCAAGAAAUCCACAUGGGAGAGAUUUAGCAUGGAAAUUCUUCAGGGAUAAAUGGAAAAUUCUAAAUGCAAGGUAUGGAGAAGCCUUAUUUAUGAAUUCCAAACUUAUCAGUGGAGUUACAGAGUUUUUAAAUACAGAGGAAGAAUUAAAUGAGCUAAAAGACUUUAUACAACUCCAUCAAGUGGGAUCAGCUGUGGCUCCUUUGUCUAGGGCGUUGGAAACUGUAGAUGCUAAUGUACGAUGGCAGAGACUAUACAGGGAAGAACUCUUUCAGUGGUUACAAAGAACAUUGAAACAAUAAACUGUGGACUGUUCUUUGAUGCAUAUGAGAACCUACUUCUUGAGAAAGACCAGACUGCAUGCUGUAAAAUUUAUUGAAAACAGCAAAAUGGGGCACAAUGUGCCUUUCUCUAUUUUUGCACUUGGCUCUUUUUCAAACCUGAAGAAAUGUUUUUUCAAAAGAAAAUCACAAGAACUGUACAAUUAUAUCCUGGCUUCCCAGGAAUACUGUUAUAUACAUAGCGCAUGUUGAUGUUUCUGUAUAUUUUUCAACCUAUAUUUCUUGCAUGGUUGUAUAGUUGCCUGUGUCCUCCAGCAUGUACUUAAAGUUACUGUCCAGGAUUUGUAUUUGAACUGCUGUUAGAUCAAGAGUGGGCAUUAUGCAAAAGCACAAUGACUAUUUAUGACAAUCAGUGUGAUAAGGAUGGAAAAAACAAUACUCAAGAUCUCAUGUGAGCCAGUACUGCAAAUACAGUAUGCAUAACCUCAUUGUAUUAGUAUACAGAUUGUCUAGCAGUGAUUGCUAUUUCUAUACAAACAACAACAAAUAUUUUGAGAGUUAUAAAAUGUAAUAUAUACAUGCAUAUUAAAAUGAUUUAUAUUGCUUUUCUACA